AUGUGCGGUGGCGCGCUUCUCAGCUCCGGAUUAUGCCGGUUCUCGGAGCUGACGCCGGGACAAUUCGGAUUGACGAAACAAUUGGUGCUCCGUUUGGCUCUUCCUCAUGUCACACUUCUUCUCGUUUCCAUAUUAUAUGCAGCAUUUGGCGGCUGGAUGCUGACGCUUAUCAAAUACAGUCAGCAAACGACACAUCAAUCGAUUCUAUUCGAUCAGACCCGACAAAAUUUUGCCAGAAAACUUUGCCAAAUUCCACGAGAGGAUUACGAGAAGGCGGUUUUUGAUUAUAUUGAAAAAGCUUAUGAAUAUUACAACCUUGAGGAUGGAUUCAGGUGGAAUGAGAAGAUUCAAUCAAAUCCGUUGUCAAACUUCACGUCGAACUUGUUUUUUGCCGCCACAACCCUCACCUCAAUAGGAUAUGGAAUUGAUGCACCCGAAUCGCUUCUAGGCCGCAUAUUUUGCCUAAUUUAUUUAUUUUUCGGAAUUCCGCUUUAUCUGAUAACAAUUGCCGAUUUGGCGAAAUUCUGCACGGAACUCAUGAAUCGCGUUUAUACGGAGAUCAUCAAGCACAAAUAUCGUGUGAAGAGGAAGUAUAAACGAUGGAAAUCGGGCCGAAUUCGAAGAGAUUCGAUGAAAGUCGGCCAAGUGAUAAUCGCCGGCGGCGAGGACGAGGUCGCCGAAUUCCUGUGGACGCAUUUGGAGCACGCGCAAUUCGUCGAGGUCCCAUUCCUACUAGUUAUUGGUGUGCUUCUUCUAUACAUUGGUCUCAGCUCGUGGCUGAUAUCGUGGGUUGAAAACUGGAAUCUCACCGACGGCUUCUAUUUUGUGAUGAUGAGCGUGCUCACGAUCGGAUUUGGUGACAUGGUGCCGCGCAACGAAAUUUUCGCCGUCCCGAUUCUAUUCAUCAUUUUGGCCGGAUUGGUGCUGACGACGACGUGCGUCGACGUCGUCGGCGCCUAUUACAUCGAUCGCCUUCAUUUCUUCGGCCGACGCCUUGACGAUGACCCGUUGUCGUGGCUGAAAGAGGUGCAACAGCGGCGAACCGAGGCGAUGAAGAAGGAGGCGAUGCGGAAACUCUUCGAGACCGUCACCGCACUUCAUCAUAUUCGAUUGACAGCGUUCAAACAGCUCACCCAAAACUAUGACGAUCAUUUGAGAAAGCGGUUUGUAGCGCCGAAUUCGCCACGUCAUCUUGUCGCCUCGCACGCCACCGCCGACUCGGUGAUGCUUCGUUGGAGUGCGCCGAUCUACGUCGAUGAGGGCAAACGAUAUUGGUACACGAUUCAGUACAAACCGCGCACACCGCAACGUCGAAACAAUGUGGUUGUUGUGGAUUUUGUGAACAAAGACCGCUAUCUCGUCACCGGUCUGAAAUCGUUCACGCUAUACGAAUUCAGUGUGUUCACGACGACGCGCUACGGACAGAGUGUGCCGAUUCGAGUGCAAGAAUAUACGGAGCCAUGCACGGUACCGCAAUCGGUGCGAAUCGAUGCGAUCAGCGACGAAACGGCGACGGUCUCGUGGCGAGCACCGAAAGUCAACAAUGGAGCUGAGAGCUAUGUGAUUCAAUACGCGCAAGAGCCGGCGCCGCAAUUCGUCUACUGGAAUCGCUACAAAGUCGGCAAUUCGACGCGCUUCACGCUGACGAACCUGCAGCCCGACACGCGCUAUAUAAUGUGUGUGACGGCCGAACACAAUUAUGGUCUCGCGGCGAUGUCGAAAUCGAUGCGAUUCCGCACGAAACAAUGGUGGGGCGACGACGACAGCACGUAUUUGAGGAUACCGGGCACGAGUCAUCGAUUGUCGAUCGCGUCGGCGAUCAGUACGCUCAGCGCUCUUCGAUAG